AUGACUACACCACCGAACCGGAGGCUCAUCGGCCUUUCGACGAAGAUGUACUUCCCGCUCCAACGCACGCUCGACUUCAUCGCCACAGUUCAGACACAACUAGACGCCCUGUCUUCAACAUCUCUGGAAAACGUCGACAUCUUCAUCAUUCCCGAUUUCAUCUCCAUCCACCCCGUCAGCGAAGCCCUCAAGUCUUCAGCUGUGCCAAUCCGGCUGGGCGCACAAGACUGCCACUGGGAUGACUUUGGAGCCUUCACCGGAGAAGUUAGCCCGGCUGUCCUACGUGAAACGGGCGUCUCAAUCGUCGAGAUCGGACAUGCGGAAAGAAGGAGAAUAUUUGGCGAGACCGAUGAGGUCGUGGCCAAGAAAGCCGCCGCGGCGAGCAGGAACGGGAUGGCGCCUUUGAUUUGUAUCGGCGAAAAGACAAAGGGAGACUUGAGCAUCGCACUGGGAGAGUGUCAAGUCCAGAUUGAUCAGUCCCUGGCGGACGUGCCUGAGUCUGCCGAAGUUAUCAUCGCGUAUGAGCCUGUCUGGGCGAUUGGCGCAAGCGAGCCGGCCAGCGAGGGCCACGUUAUUGAGGUGGUCAAGGGGAUUAGGGCAUUUGAGAGCGUUAAGAGGAGAACGGGCACGACUAGAGUCAUUUAUGGCGGCAGUGCUGGGCCGGGCUUGUUUGAGAAGCUGGGCGAGGCCGUCGAUGGGCUGUUUCUUGGGCGGUUUGGGCAUGAUGUGCCAAGAUUCCUCACCACUGUAUCGGAAGUGGCUUCUUUCAAGGCUUAG